AUGGGUGAUUUCAAUGAGUUUUUAUCUAAUGAUGAUAAAGAAGGUGGUCCUUUGAGAAGAGAACAAUUGAUGGAAGAGUUCAGGAAAACAAUAGAUGACUGUAAUGUGACACCACUGGACUUUAUGGGGGAUAAAUUUACUUGGACCAAUAAGAACUAUAAUGGUUUAUUGGUUAAAGAGAGACUUGAUCGUGGUUUUACAAAUGGAGAGUGGAAGGACAUUUUUCUUGAGAAUCAUAUCAACCAUCUUGAUUAUUAUAGCUCGGAUCAUAGAGCUAUUGAAUUUAAUAUAAUUAUUAACAACUGGAAAACUGGUUUGUCCGAGGAUCCUAUGACUAUUCUUCUUGAGAAUAUUUCUUUGUGUACUACAGCUCUCCAGUCAUGGCACCACAACAAGUUUGGGCAGAUGAAACACAAUAUUAACAAUGCCCAGAAAAAAGCCGCAGCUUCGCAUAACAGUCAGGUAACUUCUCCUGCUCAGUACGAUCAAAUUUUGGAAGUUGAGAAAGUCUUAGAUGAUUUUCUUAAGAAGGAAGAACUUUAUUGGCAACAAAGGGCGCGAGUGGAUUGGUUGAAGCGCUUCUCUCUUUUUUUCACAACUGUUGCUUCAAAUAAUACUGAUUUUGAUGCUUUGAACAUUAUUCUGGAAGCUAUUAAUACUUCUAUUACUGAGGAUAUGAAUGAUCUUUUACUUAAGGAUUUUACCAGUUUGGAUGUGGAUGAGGCUUUAAAAUCUAUGGCUCCUGAUAAAUCGCCUGGUAUGGAUGGUAUGUCUGCUAUGUUCUUUCAACAACAUUGGGAUGUGGUUGGCCCUAUGGUAACUGCUAGUUUCUUGAAGAUUUUGAAUGAAGGGGCGGAUAUGAAGGAUAUUAAUGCCGCUCUCAUCACCCUCAUUCUGAAGGUAGACCAACCUCAACAAUUAAGUGAUUUUCGACCGAUUAGCUUAUGCUCUGUGCUAUAUAAUCUGGUAUCCAAAGCCAUUGUGGGUCGUUUCAAAAUUUUUUUACCGGUGGCUAUUUCACAAAAUCAGAGUGCCUUUCUACCGGGAAGGCUUAUCACUGAUAAUGUUCUCCUAGCCUUUGAGUUGGUUCAUUGGCUCAAGAAUAAAAAGAGAGGACGACAAAGUUAUGCUGCUUUAAAAUUAGAUAUGAGCAAGGCCUUUGACCGAGUUGAAUGGCAUUUCUUGAAGGCGGUUAUGCUUAAAAUGGGUUUCCAUGAGAAUUGGGUUGAGCUUGUUAUGAGAUGUGUUUCUUCUUCAACUCUCUCCUUUAAUAUUAAUUGUGUUAUAAAAGGUUUGGUUACUCCACAACGAGGCUUGAGGCAAGGGGAUCCCCUCUCCCCUUAUCUCUUUCUCAUAUGCUCGGAAGGUCUCUCUGCUUUAUUACGAUUAGAAGAGCAGAAUGGUACUUUUAAGGGGUUAUCUAUUUCUCGGGGUGCGCCUUCGGUUUCUCACUUAUUAUUUGCUGAUGAUAGCUUGCUUUUCUGUCAUGCUAAUGAAUCUUCUUGUCAAGCCAUCAGUCGAGUGCUGGAUGUAUAUCACCGUGCUUCGGGUCAGCUGCUUAAUACAGAUAAGACAGUUAUGUCUUUCUCUCCGAAUGCUGAUGCUGCGCUAAAAAAUCGAUUCCAUACUGUGCUAGGAAUGCCUAUUUGUGAUCUUCAUGAAAAAUAUCUGGGACUGCCAUCUUAUGCUGGAAGAGAUAAAUCUGAGCUGUUUAGUAACAUUAAAGAUCGUAUCUGGAAACUUAUGAACUCUUGGCAUGCUAAACUUUUCUCUAUUGGCGGCCGUGAGGUGUUACUCAAAGUCGUAGUUCAAUCGAUUCCAACUUAUGCUAUGAGUUGUUUUAGUCUUCCAAAGAAGUUCUGUCGCCAAUUGGAAUCCAUGAUGGCAAAUUUUUGGUGGGGCUCUAGUACUAAUAAAUCAAAGAUCCACUGGAAAAAAAUGGAAUUUAUUAUGCCCAAAGCUGAAGGAGGUAUGGGUUUUCGUUCUUUUAUCCAUUUCAAUCAAGCUCUCUUAGCCAAACAAGCUUGGAAAAUUUUGGAAGAUCCUCACUCUCUCUUAACUAGAGUUCUGAAGGCCCGUUAUUUUAAAAAUUGGAAUUUUCUCAAUGCCUCAAAGGAUUCAUUGCCUUCUCUCACUUGGCAAAGCAUCUGUGAUGGUCGCGAUCUCUUGAUUAAAGGUUUAAGGUGGAAAAUAGGGAAUGGAAAUUCUGUCAAAUGUGCUUCAGAUCCUUGGUUGCCUGGAAAUACUUCCUUUCGUCCUUAUACUUUCUGUGGUGAUGUCGAUUUUAGUAUAGAGCAUUAUAUCACUCAUGAUAGGCAGUGGGAUCUUAAUUUACUGAGACAGCAUUUUGGCCAAAUAGAUAUUGAUCGAAUUCUUUCUCUUUCGAUCAGCCCCAACUCUAGAGAGGAUCGGUUGAUUUGGCAUCAUUCUGAUUUUGGAUCUUACACCGUGAAGUCGGGCUACCAUUUGGCUGUGCAAUUGGAUAAAAUUAAUGAGUCCUCUACUUCUGAUCUAAAUCAUGGCUGGUGGAAUCGAUUGUGGGCUCUCAAAUUGCCUAAGAAAGUCAAAAUAUUCGCCUGGAGGGUUAUCAAUGAUGCUCUUCCUACACAGGUCAAUCUUAUGCAUCGCAAAAUUUCUGUUGUGGCCUCCUGCUCCCUUUGCAAUUGUCCGCGUGAGUCCUCAGGUCAUGCUCUUUUUUUCUGCACCAGAGCACAACAAGUGUGGUCUCUUGCCCAUGUUUUUAGUCCGAAUCCUUUGAUCUCUAGAAUGAAUGGCUUUGAGAUUUUCUCAUCUAUUGCUACAGUGAAACAGAAUGAUGUAUUGGCUAAAAUCCUUUGCCUUAUGUGGUGCAUUUGGACAGAACGCAAUAAGGAAAUUCAUGGCUCUAAGCCAAAACCUACUGGGGUAAUAUGCUCCUUUGUUGACAUGUAUGUACAACAAUUUUUAUUGGCCCAUGCCAAGCAGGUUUCCAUGGAUUCUAGCUGCAAUAAUUUUGAUAAUGCACCUGCUACAGCCCCUCAGGGCAGUCAUCCUCAAGCUUCUAGUGUAUGGGCACUGCCUCCUACUGGAUCAUAUAAACUUAAUAUCGACGUUGCGUUUAAUGACGAAGGUUCUGUCAUUGGUAUUGGGGAUGUUGUGCGUGACUAUUUUGGUGAUGUUGUAGGCGCCUUAUCCAAACCUCUGAUUGGUCGUUGUUCUGUUCGUGAGAUGGAGGCUACUGCUCUUCUACACAGUCUGCAGUGGGCGCUUCAACUUGGGCUGCAAAUGGAUUAUAUUGAAACAAAUUCUCUCAUUUUUGCAAAUGCGAUCAAUAAACACUCUCAGAGGGGUUAUGUUUCUAAUUUUUAUGAUCUUGUUGCUGACAUAUCUCUUUUAUUGUCCUCUUUUCCUAGAGUUCUAGUUUAUCAUGUAAAGCGUGAUGCCAAUAAAGCGGCUCACGAAUUAGCUAGAUUUGCUCUUCGAUUGGAUAAUAAUUGGUCUUGGUUGGAGGAAAUACCAUCUCCAAUCCACUCUGUUAUUGUAAUGGAUUCUAUUCAAUAA